UCCUGGGAAUGGUAGCCCACAUGAUGUACACGCAAGUAUUCCAGGUCACUGUGAGCCUUGGCCCUGAAGACUGGAGACCCCACUCCUGGGACUACGGGUGGUCCUUCUGGAUCGAGAAGGGGGAUGGGCACGAGGAGGAGGACCUGCGCUUAGAUUGUCGCCACGAGAGAUACGCUGCCCGACACCAUCCGCACAUGGGGGACUCCUGGCCCCGGGGCUCUGCACGGGAGGUGCCAGACAUGACCCGCCAGUGUUGGGUGCUGGGGCACUGGGUGUGACCGAGACCCAGCGUGGCCCCCGGACCUCAGGCCGCCCGCCAGAAGACUGCUCCGGUGCCCCCGGGAAGCUGGCCUGUGUGCUGGGAACUCAGCCAGCCUGCGCGGGAGACACAGGCCUGCCCUCCCCGCUGCCGCCUGGGGCUCAGGGCCCUGGACGUGGAGCCGGGGUGGCCUGCCCGAGUGCACAGGGCUGCGCAUGGCGACUCUGGGACAGCAACCCCUGACUCUUGCCACCGUCCCACGCAGCACCCUGUCCGGUGCAGCUGGGAUGCCACGGAAAGCCGGCCGGGAAGUUCAGGGCGUGUCCGGCGGCGCGGAGCCCUGCACGAGGCAGGGAGCGGGUGGGGCUUCCCGGCGUUGGCACCACGGGGUGGGGGGCACCCAGCAGGCACCAGCAGGGGCACAAUAAACGCUUGUUGAACCUGUUUUCUUGC